UGAUAGGAAUAGUUUAUGGUGAACGUGCCGUUAUUAGUAUCUACGACUGCCAUCAUUUAAAGUUGAAAGACAUGAUCGUUUUGUUUGAUUUCGCAAAUUUGAAGAUGCACUUACCGACCUGUAUUUUGAUGUCAGUAUUAUUGAUGAUCGCAGAUGGGUUGACUGUACAUGGUCCCCCUGGUCCUCUGGUUGCUCCUCUGGGAUCUUCAGUGGUAUUGCCCUGUUAUGUUGAUGAGCUUUCACCAAUGGAGGGUCUUGAGGUGGAAUGGAGAAGAACAGGCUCAGAGACUUUGGUUCAUCUGUUUCUAGAGGGUGAGAGUCGACCAGAGGCCCAGCAGCAGGAUUAUCAUGAUAGAGCUUAUUUCUUUACUGAUCAGAUUCAACAUGGAAACUUCUCCCUCCGUCUGAACAAUCUGAGAGCUGAAGAUAAGGGGCAAUACACAUGUACAGUUCACAGUCAGCAGGAUUCUGGUGAGACUGUGGUUCAAAUAAAAGAUGUUGAACGUUUGCUAGUAUCAGGAUCGAGUCGCUCCGUAUCUGUGUCUGUGGGUGAAGACGUCACACUUAACUGCUCUGUAGACUCUCACAUCCCACCUGAACAUUUUGAAGAAGUUUCAUGGAGGAAAACAGAUGAAGAUAUUCUGGUUCUGCUCUAUCAAAUGAAUAAGACUUUUCCAGAUUCAUCAGAUGAGAGAUACAUAGAUAGAGUUGAGUUCUUCACUGCUGAAAUCCCUAAAGGAAACUUCUCUCUCAGACUGAAGAGUGUCAGAACUGAGGAUAAAGGAGUUUACAUGUGUCAAGUGUUUGCUGAAGGACUUUCAGCCAAUGCAACUGGAGUACUGAAUCGGAUGGGUCUUUCUGUUUCCCACAUAAUGGUGUUGAUUUUCUCUAUUACUGCAUCUGGAUCUGCACUUGUGCUCUGGUGGCUGAUCUACUGCAGAUCUCAAUUUUUCACAGACCCAAUUGCAACCAGACAUGUCAGGACUCUUGGGGUUCUUCAUGCAUUCCUUCCAAAUAUUAUGAUGUUUGUGGCUUUUGUCCUCUGGGGUGUUACAGAAGGAUUUCUGUACGAGACCGUCUCUUGCUGUGCUCUAUAUAUCCAGAGGCCUCUGAUGUUGAUUUAUGUUGCACCAUAUUUAGAACACAUGUCAGAUUUAGCUCUUCAAUCUGAAUAUUUCCUGGAAAUAGUCGUUUAUUCUUCAGUUCUUUUCAGCAAAGCCUUGGGAUCAAUGGUGCAUUAUAAUGUCUCUGAUAGAGUCAUAAUGGUCAUUAUAUUUGGAUUCAUGAUUAUGCUCUGUGUCAUCUACUUCAUUUACUUGUUGACUGAAAAGUCGUGCCAUGGAGAGAUAUCAGAAUGUAUAUGGGUUAAAUCAACAGCUGUUGCUGCAUUCAUCACUUUUAUUCUACCUUCAUUACACGUCACCCUCCUGUACAUUGCUUUUGGAGCUGCCAGAGGAGGGUUUCUUGUUGCCAUAAUUUUCCCAAUAACCUUUUUUAUGUCAUUCUUCUGUUUGGUUGAUGUAAACAAGGGGAAAUGUUCAGUUUUACUCCGUAAAACUGUAUGGAUAACCUUCACAUUUAUGAUGAUGGUAGUAGUUAUUUAUUUCUGCAUUGAAACAAUGAAAUUUGAAAAAGAUGUUUUUGCAGGAUGGAUCUGUAUGACUGUAUUUCAGCAAGCGCUGUGGAUGAUUGCAAUAUAUAAUCAUAGUAAUGAAAAUCUAGAUCUAACCCUCACCUUUAAAAAGAUUUUGUAUGCAUUGGGAUCCAUUGGUGUUGUUUUGCUGAAUGCUGUUGCACUGAUGACAGAAAUGAUGCUAAAAACAGUUAAUGGUGAGCGUGCAGUUGGCGAUUUGAGAAUUGUUGUCUUCUCCUCUGAAAGCAUCUUUACUCUUUCUCUGCUGAUUUUGCUCAUGUUUGGAUGCUGUAUUUCAGACACGAAGUCUCUGAAGUGUUGUCAGACCCAGAAUGCAGCAGCAUCUGAUGAAACUCCAGCCACUGGAUCAAACCAAAAUCAAUAUGCAACAGAAUCACAUGAAAUGAAUCCUGUACUGAAUCAAGAUCAGGAGCCUGGUGUGAGUGACAUGACAAAAACUAAUACAGAUUCAAGGGAAUCACAAACAUUCAGUGAGGGGAAAAAACUCAGAUUGAUCCCACAUUUCCUUAAACUCUGAGUGCUGCACUGCUUAAAAAAAAAAAAAAUAAGUCAACCUAUAACAGUCAACUUAAGUUAAUUAACCUGAUAUGCCUCAUGGCUCAAAAGGGAUGUAACAGAAAUAGGGACAUAUGAGAAAGCCAAAACUGAAUGCAAAAAAUUAAAGUGAACUAUACGGAACCUUUUGAAAAAGAAAAAAAAAAUCCUUCAGAUUGCUGAUUAUAGUUCUAGGGGGCUGAGGCACACAAAUAGGGUGGUUGAAGCCCACCUAAAAGUGUCUAGAACCGUCCCUGUAGUACAGCACUAUACAGUAUCUCACAGAAGUGAGUACACCCCUCACAUUUUGUAAA